CAUGAGCUGACGUCCCGCAGCUGUUUCUGUCUCCAGCGCUAUAAACAGGUGCUUUGGGUCUAACUGGAGGCCCCUUUCCCAGCUCCUAUUCCAGAUUCAUUCUCUGGCCCUCUCCACCCGCCCGGCCGCGAGCUGAUUCUGCAGGCAGGCGGCUCCGGGAGGCCAGGGUGUGCUGUCUACCUGAAGCAUAUUUUACUUUAAAGGGGGAAAAAAUGCUAUCUCCCAGGGACAAAAAGUCAGAAAAGCUGGAUCCGUUUUACCGACCAUUAUUGCCCAAGCCGAAAACCAGUGCAGAAAUCAUCAGUGAAGCACGGAAUUCCCUGAGAACAGUGAAGACACAGAGACCAUGUACACCACGAGAAGACCAAAGGAAGCUAUUUGGACUUGCUUCUGCAAGGACACCAGAAAAUAGGCCUCCUUCUUCCUUCAGCCUCCAUGCAUCCAGUUUUGAGUCACCUGACUCCAGACCCAUCUCUGGUGCACGUCUCAGUCCAUUAGAACUUAAGCCAAAAGCUCCAGCGUCUCCCACCACAUUGGAGGGCCCCGGCCAUUCCUUUCCUAAGCCACCGGUGGACCCUGUGAAGAUUCGAAGAAUCAGCAGUGCCCGGGCGCGCCUGUUCAGGGCGGCCUCCCAGGGGACCCUUCUGCCAGACAGGACCCUUCCUCCUGCUGAAUUGAAGAAAACAGCAGAAUCCAAAGAAACAUUUAUGAUGGGGAACUCGGUGGUGAAAAUAAAUGGAAUCUAUUUACCAGAGUCACAUGCCACUGGCCACUUAAAGACUCACCCACUUCAACUAACUUAUGAUGGAAGCUUCAGUGAAAUUAAGAAACAAGAAAUGUUCAAGGGGACAACAUCACUGCCAUCUCAUCUCAGGAAUGGAGGGGACAAGGGGAAGAGGCGUGUGAGAGCCCCAUCAUGCCCCAGCCGCUCGGACCUGAGCAGACCAGAAACCAAAACAGUUUCAAAAGCCAGCGUGCAAGGAAAGGGUACAGAAAUAGAAGUAGACGAAGUCUUCUGGAAUACAAGGAUCGUACCAGUUAUGCACAAAUUAGAAAAGGAAGGAAACACCGAGACAGUCUGUGAUGCGUGCACACAGCUCUAUCAAGCUCUAGAAGAAGGGAACCUGCUUGGCAAGAAAUUUCAGCGAAGGAGUUUGCUCCUGAAGAGCCUCUAUCAACUAGUCGAUGUUGGUUCAGACUUGCUCAGCCUUAAACUUGCAAAAAUUAUUCUAGCACUUAAAGUGAGUAGGAGGAAUCUUCUUAAUGUCUGCAAACUUAUCUUUAAAAUUAGCAGGAGUGAGAAGAAUGAUUCUCUGAUUCAAAAUGACAGCAUUCUGGAGUCACUGCUGGAGGUCCUAAGGAGUGAAGACCUGCAAACUAACACCGAAGCGUUUUUGUACUGCAUGGGCACUAUCAAAUUCACUUCUAGCAAUCCAGGCUUUCUGAGUGAAAUGCUCAGCAAAGGUGUCAUGGAAAUAUUGAUACAGUUGAUAAAGCAAAUAAGUGAGAACACCAAGAAAUGUGGGGCAUGCUUACCGAACUCAGACCACUUACUAGUCCAAAUAACUGCUACACUAAGGAAUUUGGUUGACUCACCACUAGCAAGAGGCACAAUCCUGAGCAUUGGCGCCCUUCCCCUGCUCUGCACGGUGAUGGAACAGUUCCUGGAUGACAAGGAUGUCUGCACCAACAUUGCCAGAAUAUUCAGCAAACUGACUUCUUACCAUGACUGCUGUGUAGCUUUGGCCAGCUAUUCCAGAUGCUAUGCCUUAUUUUUGAACCUGAUAAACAAAUACCAGAAGAACCAGGAUCUAGUCAUUCGCAUUGUUUUUAUUCUUGGCAACCUGACAGCAAGACAUAACCAGGCUCGUGAAGAGUUUUCCAAAGAGAAGGGGAGCAUCCCGACUCUAUUGUCAUUAUUUCAGACCUUCUCCCACCUGGGGCUGCAUUCUGCCACUGACCCAGGGGAAGGAGAAAAGUCGCCCACGUCACAGAGGCCCAGGGUCCAGGCUGAAGAUGUUCUCAUCAAGCUGACCCGAGUCCUGGCCAACCUAGCCAUCCACCCUGGCAUCGGCUCAGCCAUGGCUACCAACCCGCACAUAGUGGGCCUGCUUCUCACCACGCUGGAACAUAAGUCAGUUGAUGACUGUGAGGAGCUGGUGAUCAACACUGCAGCAACAAUCAACAACUUAUCUUACUACCAGGUGCAGAAUUCCGUGAUUCAAGACAAGAAGUUCUAUCUUGCAGAAUUACUCUUAAAGCUUCUCCGGAGUAACAACAUGGAUGGAAUCUUGGAGGCUGUGCGUGUUUUUGGAAAUCUCUCCCAGGACCAUGACAUCUGCAAUUUCAUUGUGCAGAAAAACAUACAUAAGUUCAUGAUGGCACUGCUGGAUGCUAAGCAUCAGGACAUUUGCUUCUCUGCCUGUGGCGUUCUCCUAAAUCUCACGGUGGACAAAGACAAGCGUGUCAUCCUAAAAGAAGGAGGCGGCAUUAAAAAGUUGGUGGAUUGUUUAAGAGAUUUCGGUCCUACGGACUGGCAGCUGGCCUGCUUGGUUUGCAAAACAUUAUGGAACUUGAGUGAAAAUCUCACCAAUGCCUCGUCGUGCUUUGGAGAUGAGGAUACCGACACUCUCCUAAUCCUGCUGUCGUCAUUUUUAGAUGAGGAACUAGCAUUGGAUGGCAGUUUUGACCAGGAUCUAAAAAACUAUCACAGACUCCACUGGGAGACAGAAUUCAAGCCUGUGGCCCGGCAACUUCUAAACCGAAUUCAGAGCCAUCACACCUUUCUGGAACCUUUGCCUAUUCCUUCUUUCUAGGAUGGUAUCUGCUGAUUCAGAACAAACAGGAAGUCAGGGCUCCUCCGUUUCUUAAGAAGUGGUAAAAGAAACCCGAACUUGUUUUCAGUAUUAUCAAAUGUUAAAUGUUUCUCAGGUACUGAUUUUUUUUUUUUUAGUGAGUAGUCUACAUAUUUAAAAAGCAACAAACAUUUUAUCUUGUGAGAUAAUCUGGUUAAAUGAAUAUACAUGUUGCUCUCGACUGCUGAGAGAAGUAUAAAAUGAAAAUAAUACUCUUGGUUUUUCUAAGUCAAUGCGUUCCUCUUCUAGUUUCUAUUAAAUAAUUUACUUUCAGGUUUCAAA